AAAUCCUGGCGCAGACGACAAGUCGUCAAGACUGGCGGGCUAACGAUUCGAUUGGCUUUGGCUACUAUUGCCAGAUUGUCAUUGUGUAUUUGAGUUUAUUUUUCUUCCUGUUUUAACUUUAUUUUAAAUUAGAGAUGAAAAUAUACAGAAAGUAAAAUCUGUUUUAUGUCUAAACAUAUCUAGACAUGACAUAUCUUGGAACUCUGUCCUUGAUUUCCAUGUUAAGGACGGUCCUACCAUUGAAAGUUGUGCUAUGUUUUUUUUUUUAAAUUUCUGCUUUGGAUAAUAGACAAUUAAGAAAAGGAAAUAGACUAGUAACUUAGCCAGAUUUUUCUAGCGUGCAAGAUCAACACACUGCUACAAACCAUCACGUAACGAUUCAAAAAUCAAUACUGAUGAGGGAAACUGCUGUAACGGUGAGAGGAAUCAUUCUCGACGACAUCUCCAGUGCCUAAGUGGACACCGCCUGGACACGAAGACAUGAUCUAUUGGACGCCGUCUGAAGUGAAUCUCGUUUUUAUCCAGAGAAGAACAUUACCCUCUCGUUUGUCUCCCCUUUUAUCAUAGGGCCAAACGUCUGCAACCCAGUUGAAACCACCCACUCCAUCUGCAGCCAUCUUUUAUCGUUUUAUUUUAGCUGCCACUUUAACUGGAAUCAUGAUUCCAAGAAAUCUCAAGUGAACUGGGCGGUCACAGGUCAAGUGAAGGACAUUAAAUAUGUCCUCUGUGUCCCGUCAUGCAACUCUGGCAUUGAACUUCUGCUUCAACUGAGGGCCAAGUGUCAAGCUGUAAAAUUAUCGCCCGUUGAUCUUCGGCUAACUUUAAUGUCGUCUGCUGAUUCUUCCCGCCACCAUCACAGCUAAUAAACGAUAAAAGGGUUUGCGGAAGAGAGAUAAGGAAAGAGAGGCGAAAAAAAAAGAGGAACACGUCACAGACAGAGGGACUUUUGUCGUUUUUAUUUAUUGUACUCUUAGCAAUUCAUUUGAAGGUGUGUUGUUUCUACCAAAUUGAAACAAGGACAGAGUUUUGGUAGAGUGAUCAUAACCCUUGCCAAUGUACAAGUUAUCUUCCCUUUAUCUGAUUUAAAACGAUUCUAAUUCUGGUUUACAUGUGUUCAAUAUUUUAUAAAAAAAAAUUCAUAAGGAUAACACCUUCCAAACAUUUCUUUUAGUGUCUACAUGUACAAGUUCACAAAGACAAUAGAAGAAAAAGAAAGUACAUGGGACACAAAUCUGCCAGCUUAUUCAGCAGACGUUUUGUAAUGAAUGAAUGGAUGCACAGAUCUCGUUACUUCAGCAGCACGCGAGACUGUUCACGAGAUUUACAAUUAUCACUUCUGUUCUGUUCAUGUAGGAACAUUGUAGACUUUCAACCAAAAGGAAGUAGAUUUACCGAGACAUUCGCAUCGAAUUAGUAAGUUUAUAAUAUUAUAAAAGGUUCUCUGAUACAAAGUAUAUUUUUUUAUUAUUUGUGUUUAUAUAAAACAAAUAUGAGCUUUUAUUCGUAUAGGAAACAAGAUAAUUAUUAUUAUUAUAUAUACAUAUAUAUUUAUUAUUUGAAUGAAUUGAUCUAGACUAGAAUCUUCGUUGAUAUUCACAAAACUACGAUAGGCCUACAUUAAAAUGGUUUGCUGUGAAUGCAACCCAAUAACUGUGAUCAUUUUACGACAAUUAAAGACGAAACUAUGCUAAGUCUGUUUCAAAUCAUCUUAACAUAUUAAAUCGCAUUAGUGUGUAGUGUCUCCUUCUUUUAGAGAGAUAUCAGAGCUCAGUUUCUGACACUUUGCACGCGCGAACACAUGCCUUCUGUAAAUGGUGCUAGUGAAGGUCUUAAUGACCAAAUCCUAACUUGAACACAGUGUGUAAGGAUCUAGAGAAAAAAAGAAUACCACCAGAGACGUAAGUUGGCUGAGUCUGGACCUCCACUGCAGGAUAGGAAAGUAGCGUCAGUGACGUCCUAUUAGUGUAAAACAAACUUUAACAAGAAUAGUUUGUUUUUUUUGCUUCACAUUGAUUAAAUCGGCUCUCGCCUCAAAGAGGUUUCUCUCGAGAUCCACGUCUGCUGAGAGGCGUAUGACAUCAACUCAAAGUCAGGAUGAGCUAGUCACACAGCGUUCCCAUUUUGUUACUGUUGAGACUGUCAUCUGUCAUCUCGCCUGAAAACAACGUUCAACAGUUGACAUCAUACUAUGGGACAGUUUCAUAAAGGUCCCGAUGCUGUGCUUAUCGGUGGUAUAACAGGAGGACUGGCUUUGUUCGUUGGUCUGGUGAUGGUCAUAGCAUGGUACAUUUACCGGAAGAAAAAAGGCCUGACAUUACUUCCGGCCACCGAUUCCUCCACCGGUCUGCCGACAACUCAGUGGGCGGCCCCCGGAGCCAUUCCUAUCAGCCGCAGCUACCCAGAUAUUGUCACCCACACGUCAGAGCAGGGCAAGCUCAAAGGGGGACUUGCUAAGAAAAACAUUACUGACCGCCAGUGGACUCUGCCCACCGUGCCGCAGAGGCACCAAAACUUCCAGCGAUUGGUCUCUCACAGGCUAAACCUUUCGCAAAUCGAGUUCACCGUUCAGAGCGUCAAGCAGAAAGAGCAACCAGAUCUCGGUACCAUUAAGCCGGAGCUCUACAAGCAGGCCUCCGUGGACAGCUUAAGAUCUGAACACGUUCCUUGUGGUAAGCUCUUCUUCAGCCUGAGAUACAGCCAAGAAGACCUUGCUCUUGUGGUUACUAUCAACAGAGCCGAAAACCUUCCAGCAAAAGACUUCUCAGGAACUUCAGACCCAUACGUCAAGGUGUACCUCCUGCCUGACAGGAAAACGAAGCUCCAGACCAAAGUCCACCGGAAGACGCUGAACCCAGAGUUCAACGAGACCUUCUCUUUUAUCGUGCAGUACGAAGAGCUGACAGAGAGAUGUCUCCAGUUCAACAUCUACGAUUUCGAUCGAUUCUCCAGGCACGACGCCAUAGGGACAGUCAAGGUCAAGGACAUAUUAGGAGAGGGCAGUUUGUCUAAGGAGACAUUUUUUGUCAGGGACGUCUACGCAUCACAACAGGAGAAGACAGAUAUUGGAGAAGUGAUGCUAUCCUUGUGCUACCUACCUACUGCUGGCCGACUCACACUGACCGUGGUCAAAGCUAGAAACCUGAAAGCCAUGGACAUUACAGGCUAUGCUGACCCGUACGUGAAAGUCUGUCUGAUGUGUCAAGGACGGCGCAUCAAGAAAAGGAAGACCUCUGUCCAGCGGAACACCUUAAAUCCAGUAUUUAACGAGGCCCUGGUCUUUGAUGUCCCUCAGGAAAGUGUAGAGGACGUUUACUUGGUCGUGAAACUGGUGGACUAUGAUAGAAUCGGCAGUGAUGAGCUGAUGGGGUGUGUGGCGUUGGGACCCAAGAUGAACGGUCAAGGCCGCGAGCACUGGUAUGAGAUGCUGGAAAGCCCCAGGAAGCCCGUCGCCCAGUGGUACUCCCUCAUGGAACAUGUCACCCUUCCCAGUAGCAACAACGGAAAAUGCUGCCUCAGACAGCGCCAAUCAACGGAGGAGUCCAAGAACAGUGAUGGCGCUUUGUAAAAAGUGUGGCCCCCAUGUUGAGUUCAAGGUCAUGCUAAACCAAAUAUGAUAAAAAUGACCCCCAAAGGUCACUAAUUGUCAAGGUCAAAAGGUCGCUAUUUUGACUUGUGCGGUUCGGUCCAACAGAAUCUCGACUUUACUGCUUCCAUCUUUAAUGGCGGCUGACGCGAGUCAGACGACCACGACAGCAGACGACUGCUAAUUGCUGUCACUUGUGUGCUUCUUUGACUUCACAAGUGUGAGAGAAUGUCUCUGAAAACCCAGAACGUCUUGAUAUACUAAACAACAUACCUGAUGUAUUUUGGUCAAGAAGAUUUCGUUACCCCAAAAAUUGGGUCAAAUGAAAUCUUUUUUGGGGUGCUUGUUUCCUUUUUUUAAAUGUGAUUUGUAUCUUCUGUCAUUUGACGUUGAAUGUUCAUUCGCAAAAUGACAUUUCAGGUAAAUAUUCUUACUUAUCAUUGUUGAAAUCAAAUAAGAACUAGAUAAGGUUAAAAAAGACACUUAUAAUUUUUAUUCACAAAUGUACACAUUUCAUAUAAAUAUAUAUAGAAUUUGGACAUAUAUAUAUAUAUAUAUAUAUAUAUAUUAUUCAUUAAUAUACACAUUUCAUAUAAAUUAAUUAAAAAAAAAAACUUUGGUAUAUUGCAAAACCCUCAAACAAAAAAAAAUAAUUAUGUCAUAAUAUUUGGGAAAUAGGAAGAUUUAUACAAUUUUUGUUGUUUAUAUAAAUAUAUUUUUUUACUAUAAUAUUUUGGCUCUUACUACUUCCCAAGAAGUUUUAAUUUUGUUAGUGACAAUCUCAUUAAAUGUGUCAAAGAUGUUACGAUAAUGAAUUCAAGUAAACUUAAAUGAGAAUAUUUCAUCUGUCCAAGAAACAAGAGGGACAACUACAGUUUUAGAGAGAGAAGAAAUGUACACUUUAUUGAAAGGGUUAUGUACAUACAGUCUGACACCUGGCUUCAGAUUGGAUAUUAGGGGUGAAGUAUGUCUUGCUGAUAGGAUUGAAGGCUCUGUAUUGAAGUAAUACAAAGAUAAGUAUUCGACAAGUACAUUUCAAUGUUAUGUCCACUCCUAAAGUUUUCAGAUGCUACGAAAUUAAGAAUAGGUCAACAAUCUAUUAGCUGGGGUCAGUUACCUGAUGCUUGUAAUCUUCUUAUAUAAAAUGUCACACCUAUAUCUUAAUUGGUAAGUAAUAGAAUGUUUAGAUCGGUGUCGCCUACACGCUAGUCAGGCACAGGCUUUCAUUUCAUUUCUGUCAGAACUGAUAGAAUUAUAAAAUAGAAUGCUCCAGACAUAGACCUAACAGUGAUGUGAAGUAUAAUAGCAGUACUACUUCAAGCUGAUCCAGAAAAGAAAUGUGUAUUUAAAAUGUGAAAUAGAUUUUAAACAAUUUAAAACAAAGUGAUGUUGUUCAAACAGAGAAAACAAGAGAUUUGUUGAACCUGUAGAGGGAGAUAACUUGUAAGUAGGUUGUCUUUCAUUAUCUCUUAUAUUUAAAAGUGGCAUGGAAUGUCAACAAGUGUCCAGGAAAUGUCAACAUGGGCCGUUUUUCAUUGUCAUGAGUGCCAAAAAGUGUCCAUUAAAUGUCUACACAGGCCAUUUUACAUUGUCAUUAAUGUCAACAAGUGCAAAUGACAAUCUUUUUAAUUUUCAAUAACAUUUUUUAUAACGGACAUUCAAGCCCGUGACAAUGUCUAAACGUGUAUUUGACAAUCUCUCAGCUGCAUACACAUUUUUUAUCAUGUCAAAUGACUAUUUUUUUGAUACGUGUCAAUGUCAAAGACAUACAAGACAACUCCUAUUACAUGUGUAUCUCUCUACUUGGUCUUCCCUCUUUGGUACAUUCUUCUUUCUCCCCCCUCCCGGUGUGUGUAUUGACCACGGUCCUUCCCCCUUUCAAUUGUUUUUUUCUGGUUCAGUUUUUUUUAUUUCAAUUCUUUCACGUCGUGCUGCCCAAUGCCUGUAUUGUUGUCAGUGUUACGGCGCUGUGCCCUUGUUACUAUACAGCUACAUCAUCAUCACCGAUGAAGUUAUAUGUAUGCAUUGAGAAAUACAUUACACGCAACUUUACAUACUCAUAAAUAUUUUUAUUUUAUUACUAUAAACUUUUAAAAAAUUGUCAACUCCAAAUAGAUAUAAUUUAAAGAAAGGGAAAUAAAUGGGAAAUGUUUUUAAUUUGCAGAGUUAUAGAACUUAAUGGCUGCUAGAGUUUGUUGCAAACUAUUUAUUAUAGUUCAUUUUUCAUUAGUAGUGCAAGUAUUGCUAUUUGGAUUCUCUCUGAAGUACUUACUGAGUUCAAAUAUUUAGUCUUGAAACUGUUAAUUGUAGAGAUGUAAAUGUCUAUUCUGAGUCUGUAUAGUUUGUACUGUUCAGUAAAUAGGUUGCAUGUUUCUGUACGCGUCAAAUUACUAACGAGUACUUGGUUACAGACUUGUAGACGAAUAAUACAACUCCACAAAUAGAGUGAACAACCAGCAGGCAUUUGAAGUUUAAUUUAAGUCUAGUCUCAGUCACUAUCACGUACGAUGUUACCUCUAUGAAAGCCUAGCCUCAACUGUCCGUUUUAUCUCGCUAAGCUACAGUCUCGCUUUGGAGACUAUGUCGUUAUAAUUUCAUUCACUAUCAGUCACCUAAAGUGUGUCUCUACAUAAUGAAUUUAAAGGAAACAUUCAAACAUUAGAGAAUGUUGACCAUAUCAAUCAAAACUGCAUACUUAAAGACUCGAACAAGACACUGGCCCCAAAACAAAUACAAUAGGGAGAGCUGACUGAUAUCUGAAAUAUAGGACUAGCUGUCUGGGCCCUCCACAUAAGAUUAUAACUCAGAAGGGUUGGGCAGGCUAAGAUAGUUCAUUACUCAGAGGGGUUAGUCAGGCUGACAUAGUUCAUUACUCAGAAGGGUUGGGCAGGCUGAGAUAGUUCAUUACUCAGAAGUGUUGGGCAGGUUGUGAUAGUUCAUUAGAGGGGUUAGGCAGGCUGAGAUAGUUCAUUACUCAAAGGGGUUGGGCAGGCUGAGAUAGUUCAUUACUCAAAGGGGUUGAGCAGGCUGAGAUAGUUCAUUACUCAGACUGGUUGGGCUGGCUGAGAUAGUUCAUUACUCAAAGGGGUUGGGCAGGCUGAGAAAGUUCAUUACUCAGAGGGGUUGGGCUGGUUGAGAUAGUUCAUUACUCAAAGGGGUUGGGCAGGCUGAGAUAGUUCAUUACUCAAAGGGGUUGGGCUGGCUGAGAUAGUUCAUUACUCAGACUGGUUGGGCUGGCUGAGAUAGUUCAUUACUCAGAGGGGUUGGGCUGGCUGAGAUAGUUCAUUACUCAGACUGGUUGAGCUGGCUGAGAUAGUUCAUUACUCAGAGGGGUUGGGCUGGCUGAGAUAGUUCAUUACUCAGACUGGUUGGGCUGGCUGAGAUAGUUCAUUACUCAGAGGGGUUGGGCUGGCUGAGAUAGUUCAUUACUCAGACUGGUUGGGCUGGCUGCGAUAGUUCAUUACUCAGAGGGGUUGGGCUGGCUGAGAUAGUUCAUUACUCAGACUGGUUGGGCUGGCUGAGAUAGUUCAUUACUCAGAGGGGUUGGGCUGGCUGAGAUAGUUCAUUACUCAGACUGGUUGGGCUGGCUGCGAUAGUUCAUUACUCAGAGGGGUUGGGCUGGCUGAGAUAGUUCAUUACUCAGACUGGUUGGGCUGGCUGAGAUAGUUCAUUACUCAGAGGGGUUAGGCUGGCCGAGAUAGUUCAUUACCCUGAAGUGUUGGGCAGGCUGGGAUAGUUUGGACACACUGAUGGAAGAAUUGAGAUCCCCUGAAGAAACUUUUCCUGGACAAACUGAAGCAUUGUAUAGACAUGCCUCUCUAUAAGUAGUUACGGGGGGGGGGGGCUUGUAAUAGAGAUAAGAGUUGAACUGAAGCUGUAGGAAAGAGGACUAUCUCUACCAUUGGGAGCAUCAACCAAAUUUGUUUUCGUAUUUUUCCGAAUAGAUAAAAAAAAUCAAGCUUUUAGGUGUAGCAUUAUAAUAUUCAUAAAUUUAAAAGUAGACAGAUCUUAAAUAUAGACCUGCAGAAGGUUAAUACCCAGAGAAGCUGUGGCUACAACACUUUCAUGGCCUCUUCUACAAACUUCCCUAACCCUAGAGAAUCCAAACACUAUGUUGUAAAGAAUACAGAAACACCAUUUGUAAUGUUCAGUCACCUUAACCAACAUAAAAUUAUAAAUAAACGCGAUUAUGUCCCUCAUGUCAAUAUCAUAAAGACCAACUUGAACUAAGCUAACAAGUUCCAAGACCCUAGAGUCCUCUUGUCCUGCUGUUACUUUGUAUGUGUGUGUGUGUGUGUGAGAGAGAGAGAGAGAGAGAGAGAGCGAAUGCUUUUUACAGAGUUUUAAUGUUGUUUUAACAGCCCCCCCCCCUUUUUUUUUAAACAUUCAUUUUUUUUUUAAAUCUAAAAUAUAUCUUCUUCUUAUCUUAUGUAAUAGAGACGUUACUUCAAAAAAGAAGAUGAUUACGUCCUACGCGUCAUGCAUUUAGUCAUGCAUAUUAACCAAUGACUUCAAUUCUGCCAAUGACAGAAUUUAACAGAACUUAAAUGCCGUUUAAGUUGUACAUACUUUAAAAAGCACCUUUCUCGAUGGCAUUUUGACCAUCAUUUGAAUGUUACAUUCGCUUGUAAUUAUAUCUUUCGUUAUUGUAAUACCAUUUUUUUUGUUACUAAUUAAACGCCAUGUUGCCAAAUGUGUGUGUGUGUGUAUUUCAUUAAGUCGAUAUAAUUGUCAGACAAAUUUGUUACUAAAUAUUGAGAACAUAGAAACAUAUUUACAGACACAGAGAGAGAGAGAGAGAGAGAGAGUGUGUACACAACACAUCUCUAAUGUUCUACCCGCGCUGUUUUCAAACAUUUCUUCUUCUUUCACUCUCUGUUUCACUAUUUGUUUUCGUAUUUCUAAUAUUUUAAAAUGUUAUUAUUGUGAUUAUAAUUGUGAUAUUUUACAAGUUUUUACUAAAAAAAAAAACAAAAUGGGUGUGCUGCCCUCUGAGUUGUGAUCGUUUGAAUAUUUGGGUUCACCAUUUGUGCUAAAUAUGUCGUCUGUGUUCAAACUCAAAUCAUUUACAUUUUUGUUGAGUGUUAUUUUCUGAAAGAUAAAUUGUGUAUCAUUGUUUUUAACUACAUUUUUAUUAUAUUAUAUUAUAUUAUAUUAUAUUAUAUUAUAUUUGCUAUUACCAAAUAUCACAAAGAUUUUCAAUACAGACGCUCACUCUGUAAUUCACAAAAAGAUCGAUGGGGAAUUUUCAUAUAUUGAUCAGAAACAUUCCUUUUUUUUUUACAUUUUUGUUCAUCUUCCUUUUAAUUUUUUUUAGUUCCAACUAGAAUGACACAUUAGGAUUCUGGCCAGGAAUCAAUUUUUUUAAAAAUAUAAAUAAAGCUGAUGUUUAGAAUCAAAGUUCUGAUAAAGUUCUGCCUACUCAUCAAAAGUUCAGACACAUAAAAUCAGCUAGGAGACUCUUGGAACAAUUCUGUGCAUAUUUUUUUUUUCAAUAUUUUUUAUCUAUCGUGUUGUCUCCCAGACCCAAGUUUGCUGUCAAUAUACUGGCACCAGUGUGUCUCGUGAUGCCGUGUGUUCAGUAGACAUACUUGGAGUGCCACCAAUUCUUGAUUUGAAAAUACUUUUGUAUUUAUCUAAAUAUCUAUUCAUAUAUCUAAUACAUUCUUAUUUUAUUGAGCAAAUACC